GUCUGACCGGCUGGGCGGGUUUCCUUCCUGAUCGUCCCCGAGAGGAACGUGCAGCCGUGGGCUCGGUGUCCUGCACUCAGCUCGGGCCUGGCCCCGCCCCCCUGAACGUCUGUCUCACUUAUCGUGGACGGAGCAUCCUUUCUGUCCCGUGUGUGCCGGGUUGCCUGUCAGGCUCUCAUCCGUCUGCAGUUCGGCAAGCCGGCUUUUCCCAGCUUCCGUCCCUGGUACAUGGCCCAGAGCAAGCACGCCGAGGCCCGCGAGCUCAUGUGCUCAGGAGCUCUGCUGUUCUUCAGCCACGGCCAGCAAAACAGUGCAGCUGAUUUGUCCAUGCUGGUCCUGGAGUCGCUGGAGAAGGCGGAGGUCGAGGUGGUCGAGGAGCUGCUGGAAAGUCUGGCCAAGCUGUUCAGCCUGAUGGAUCCCAACUCCCCGGAGCGAGUGGCAUUUGUGUCUCGAGCCCUGAAGUGGUCCAGUGGGGGGUCCGGGAAGCUGGGCCACCCCCGGCUCCACCAGCUGCUGGCCCGCACCCUGUGGAAAGAACAGAACUACUGCGAGUCCCGGUACCACUUCCUGCACUCCAGCGACGGGGAGGGCUGUGCCAACAUGCUGGUGGAGUACUCCACGGCCCGGGGCUUCCGCAGCGAGGUGGACAUGUUCGUGGCCCAGGCUGUCCUCCAGUUUCUCUGUUUAAAAAACAAGAGCAGCGCGUCAGUGGUGUUCACGACGUACACACGGAAACACCCGUCCAUCGAGAGCGGCCCUCCCUUCGUGCAGCCCCUGCUCAACUUCCUCUGGUUUCUGCUGCUGGCCGUCGAUGGGGGGAAGCUGACGGUGUUCACGGUGCUGUGUGAACAGUACCAGCCAUCCCUCCGGCGGGACCCCAUGUACAACGAGCGCCCUCCGCGACCACGCCUGUGCCUCUUCCAGUACCUCGACAGGAUAGGACAGCUCUUCUUCGGCGUGCCACCCAAGCAGACGUCUUCCUACGGAGGCUUGCUAGGGAACCUUCUGAGCAGCCUCAUGGGCUCCUCGGAGCAGGAGGGCGAGGACAGUCAGGACGACAGCAGCCCCAUUGAGCUCGACUGACGCCCGCGGACCUGCACGGACUCGGCCUGGACUGCGGCGGGUGCGGCUCCCGAUGCGGGUCCAGACCUGGGCCCCCCGGGCUCCGGCCGAGGCCGAGGGGCCGCACGGCGGGUGUUCUGGGGCUGCCGGGGCCGUGCUGGCCAGGCCGCCGUGUACCCUGAGAUGACCCCAAUAAAGCACAGGCCCUGCCGCGCCUCCUCUCCCGGCCCGUGUGUCUGGUUUGCUUGGGGAGGGCUGGGUCUCGCACAGGAGGGCCCUGUGGCACGCGGCGGGGGUGCCAUGCCCUCAGGCGGGGCGGGGGUGGCCUGGCACGUGUCCUGGGGAGCGCCUGCUCCAUGCUACACCCCAGGAGCUGCAGCCGAGCGCCCAGCCGUCGGAAAGGCGUCUCGUCUGGGAGGCUGCAGGACCGUCCGCCAUCGUGGGGCAGUAUUUAUUGUCUCCGGGUGACAACGUUUUAGGUUUUAACCAAAUGAUCGGCCCAGGAACGAGCAGGUCUGUCCCUUCUCACUGAUUGUGUCAGAUGCCCCAGGAUAGGAUAGUUACAAAAUGGGAAACACUUUUAUUUUUUCACAAUUAUAAGAGUCGUAGAUUAAUACCCAGUGAUCAUGCAUGGGAAGGAACGGAAUACACAAUUUUAUUUACUGUAAAAAUGGAAUUUAAAGGAAGGUUGGUGUUCGUGUUGAGUUUAAAUAAAUCCUUUAUACUGGG